CUGAUGUCUCUCUGUGUCCACUCAUGUUGGGGUGUUUCAUCGGGCACACUUGUUGUGAUCCAGAGUCCGGAUGUUUCUGUCAUGGAGGGACAGACAGUAGACAUCACCUGCUGCUGGACGGAGAAGUUUGAACGAGCGACAGUGCACUGGUGGAAGAAUGAAACCAGAAUCAAGAUCAGAAUCUUCCUGAAUAAAUCUCAAGGAUCUCUGAAAAGUGACACUAAUAACUGUUCAUCUCUGAGUUUUCCAAAUAUAAGAAGAAGUGAUUCUGGAAGAUACAUCUGCAGAGUGUUUAUGGAGAUACCAUACUGUGUGUUCAUCAAAGGCCGUGGUACAUUGAUCACAGUUAUGGACUUAGAGAGCAGUGAUUAUGUCGACUCAGAUCACCACAAUGCUGAUGAUGCUCCCCUGGCAGAAGUGUACAUUUACAUCCUGAGGUGUCUGCCCAUCCUCAUCCUCAUCACGCCCCACUGCUGCCUCUUCUUCUAUUUCAGGAAGAAAGCUCAGCAGAACACACCAGCUUCUUCUAGAAAUAAUCCCAGAUCGGUCCAAAGACAAGAGGAAGGCGAAGAAGCAGAAGAGAGUGUGACACAAGCAGCAAGAGAUUAAGAAAACCAUGAAAUGUUGUGUGAAUAUAUUGUCUAGAAGAAGAUGCAAACUCUUAUUACUUCCUUCCUUGCUCUAGAAUGGACUCUUUAAUGUUGUGGCUGAACAGUAUAGAUCCAUCAUAUGCAAAAUAAUAAUAAAACUAGAGAGUCCUUAUUAGAGGGACAUAGUUGCCCAGUGUAUGCAUGGUUACCUGAUUCUGUGUUUCACUGUGCGCCUACUUGAAGAUGAACUUGCAUUGAUUUUGCCUUAAAAUGAUACAUAAUGUAACAAGAGCUUAGUCUGUCAUGUAACACAGAUGUUUUGCAUUCAGGGGAAGCGUUUUGAUGUAAUUUACACCUACGGAUAAGCAGCUAAGAUUUAUGAUUUUGACCUUUCACUCAAGGUCAAAUGUCACAUCACUAAUAUGGGUUCCUAUCUGAUUGUUAUAAAAUACUGUGUUUAUCUUUUCUAAGUUAUAAUGGAUUGAAAAUUUGUGAUGAUUUAAGACCUUCAGUAUGACCUUGACCUUUUCCCCAAGGUCAUAUAUUACAUCACCAGUUUAUAGGCCUCGCA